AUGGGGCUGCUGAGCAGCAAGAGGCAGGUCGGAGAAAAGGGCAAGGCCUGGAGCCCUGUGAAGGUCCAUGCCCAGAGCAAGGCUCCCCCACCCUUGCCACCCCUGAUUGUUUUCAACCACCUCGCCCCUCCGUCUCCUAACCAGCACCCAGAUCAAGAGGAGCAUUUUGUGGUGGCCCUGUUUGACUACACUGCUGUGAGUGACAGGGACCUGCAGGUGCUGAAGGGGGAGAAGCUCCAGGUCUUGAAGAGCACUGGAGACUGGUGGCUGGCCAGGUCGCUCAUCACCGGAAGAGAAGGCUAUGUGCCCAGCAACUUUGUGGCCCCAGUGGAAACUCUGGAAGUAGAAAAAUGGUUCUUCAGGACCAUCAGCCGGAAGGAUGCUGAGAGGCAGCUGCUGGCUCCUAUGAACAAGGCUGGCGCCUUCCUCAUCAGAGAGAGUGAGAGCAAUAAAGGUGCCUUUUCCCUGUCUGUGAAGGAUGUCACCACCCAGGGGGAGAUGGUCAAGCACUAUAAAAUACGCUCACUGGAUGACGGUGGUUAUUACAUCUCCCCACGGAUCACCUUCCCCACCCUCCAGGCCCUGGUGGAGCACUAUUCCAAGAAGGGGGAUGGUUUGUGCCAGAGAUUGACCCUGCCCUGUGUGAGCCCAGCCCCGAAGAACCCCUGGGCUCAGGAUGAAUGGGAAAUCCCCCGGCAGUCUCUUAAGCUGGUCCGGAAACUUGGGUCUGGGCAGUUUGGAGAAGUCUGGAUGGGUUAUUACAAAAACAAUUUGAAGGUGGCUGUCAAGACCCUGAAGGAGGGAACCAUGUCUCCAGAAGCUUUCCUGGGCGAGGCUAAUAUGAUGAAAACCUUGCAACACGAGAGGCUGGUCCGUCUCUAUGCCGUGGUCACCAGAGAGCCCAUCUACAUUGUCACGGAGUACAUGGCCAGAGGAUGCUUGCUGGAUUUUCUGAAGACCGAUGAAGGUAGCCGAUUGUCCCUUCCAAGGCUGAUUGACAUGUCAGCCCAGAUCGCAGAAGGGAUGGCUUACAUUGAACGCAUGAAUUCCAUCCACCGUGACCUGCGGGCAGCCAACAUCCUGGUGUCUGAGACCUUGUGCUGCAAAAUUGCUGACUUCGGCUUGGCCAGGAUCAUUGACAGUGAAUACACUGCCCAAGAGGGGGCCAAGUUCCCCAUCAAGUGGACUGCCCCGGAAGCCAUCCAAUUCGGGGUGUUCACCAUCAAGGCUGAUGUAUGGUCCUUCGGAGUCCUUCUGAUGGAGAUCAUCACAUACGGACGUGUUCCCUACCCAGGAAUGAGCAACCCGGAAGUCAUCCGAAGCCUAGAGCAUGGCUAUCGCAUGCCAUGCCCGGAGGCAUGUCCACCAGAGUUGUACCGUGACAUCAUCACUGAGUGCUGGCGAAGCCGGCCGGAGGAGCGACCCACCUUUGAGUUUCUGCAGUCGGUGCUGGAGGACUUCUACACUGCCACGGAGGGCCAGUAUGAGCUGCAGCCCUAG